CGAUCGAACCUGACACGAAUUAUCUUCAGCGGUGUAUAAUUCGACGAUGUUUUUAAACGAAUGUCAGACGCCUUUUGUGUAAAGUAAUAUUUUAUCGACGUUAAUCUUCGCUUUUCCAAUCAAAAUAGAGGAAUCAAGGGAGAAGACGAGUCGUCGACAGGAUGCUGGAAAUUCCUACGGCUCGAUCGAACCGGAAAUCGCGGCCUUUGAGCGCUCGCGUUCGCGCGCUGUCGCGAGCUUAUCGCGCGACGAGCAAUAGCAGCCGGUCGCGAACGCGCUGUGCAAAGAAUAAAUAGCUUGCACGCGAAACGUCACUUUUAUGGGCCGGAGCUUUUAGUCCCCGCUGUAAAAACGUCGCAGUCCAUUAGUACUCGCGACGAUACGAACGUCACCGCGGCUCGCUGCGCAUGCAAAAAUUCACCGGCCGCUUAAUAACAUUUUCUCGUUCGAACGUCUCGACGGAUAGGCCAUGACCAUGUACCGGGUGUUGGGAAUACUUUUUCGUGCUCAACGAACUCUCCACGUCCUCCACAACUCGGAGCAGCCAGCGUCAGCCUUCGCGAUUCUAGAAUCGGGGAACAAAGUGGUGCCACUGAUAGCGGAUGGUUUGUUCGAUCUCUUAAUGUACAAGAUGUCGAGCGUCUACACGAACAAAAUGCAAAAGAUGGAAUCGAAGGGACCGCGAUUCGAGAUCGGCGAUUUCUGCGUGAAACUCGGCAGCGUGACGAUUAAUCAGAACUUCAAAGGCGUUCUGGUCGAGGUGGAAUAUAGACCCUGCGUGGUUCCCGGAAGUGCAUGGGAAUUGAUGCGUGAAUUUUUACAAGGAUUCCUCGGAUCUACCGUGUCCAAUCAAGCACCGCAGUAUUUGCAGAACCGAAUGAACGAUAUUUAUCAACCAUUGGAUACGAUACAACAGUAUCUGGAACAUUUCGGUCAGUAUAGAAAAGCCACUGGUGUAAUUUAAGGAAAUUUUAAAUUUAUCGUUCUUCGUAUCGAGAUAAUCCGUAUCAAGAACUCGUCGAUAAUUUUAAUGGUAUCGUUUGGUAAUUUUAUGCUACCAAAUCUUACUGGUAAUCUACUUCUGUAACAAUAAAUUUCACUUA